AUGAGAUCAACGAUUAAUGCUGACAACAUCGCCCCUGAAGAUAUGAAGGAAAGGGCUAUGAUUUUCAUCAGGAAACAUAUGGAGGAAGCACUCAAGGUGGAAUAUUUAGCUGAAGAGGACCCACGGUCCCUUUGGGUCGCUCUAGAAGAGCGAUUCAACCAUCAGAGGACCAUUUACUUGCCGGAAGCAAGGCACGACUGGCAGAACAUACGUUUCCAGGAUUUCAAGACUGUCAAUGAGUAUAACUCUGAAAUCUGCCGGAUUCGGUCACUCCUAAAAUUCUGUGGAGAAGAGCUCACAGAAGCUGAUCUAUUGGAGAAAACUUUCUCCACCUUCCCUCCUUCCUGUAUGGUCCUGCAGCAACAAUACAGGGAGAGAAACUUUGCUAGAUUCUCAGAAUUGGUCACCAUCAUGUUGCUCGCUGAAAAGAACAACGACCUACUUUUGAGGAAUGAUCAAGCAAGGCCCACCGGUACCAGAGCAGUUCCUUUGCCUGAAGCAAAUGCUAUUGCCCAUCGCGAAAAUAACCGUGCAAGGAGAAACCGGGGUCGUGGAAGGGGAAGGAGGCCUAAACAUCCGAGACAUGGAAGGAGAAAUGGACCCAGAAAUGGCCCAUAUGACCGUGACUACCAAGAUAAUCGCCCAAGGGGAAAUAACCGUGCAAGGAGAAACCGGGGUCGUGGAAGGGGAAGGAGGCCUGAACAUCCGAGACAUGGAAGGAGAAAUGGACCCAGAAAUGGCCCAUAUGACCGUGACCACCAAGAUAAUCGCCCAAGGGGUCGUGGAGGACGUGGACAAGGCCCACGUGGUGGAAACCGAAAUGCCCAGGUCCAACAAGCUCAAAUUAGAGAGAAUGUUGGCCCGGCCCGUCACCCUCAGAAUCAGCAUAAUCUAUGUUAUAGAUGUGGAGGCACUGACUAUUGGUCCCGCACCUGCCGUGCAACAAAUGAAGAGAUAGGAGAGUAUCACGCCAGACGCGGAACUCGAGAGGCCAACCUUGUGGAAUGGUCAGUUCCUAUAGAUACCACCUUGGAGAUUACUGAUUUCCAAGCAGCCAAUGGGUACAUCGAGGAUUGA